AUGGGGGGGAUUGUUGACGUUGUGGUGGUGGGAGAGCCUGAUGGGAAGACCGGGGUGCCGUUGGAGUACUCGGGGAUUGGUGAAGGAGGUGCGGUUGCCACGUUGGAGAGGAGGGUGAUCUGGGUCGGGGGUGGCUUGACGCUCUGCACGGGCUUGAAGACGGCGGUGGUUGGAUCCCCGACGUUGACUGUCACGGGCCACCAGUCGAUGGCUGUUGUGGUGAUGGCCGGGAUGGAGAUGGUGGUGGUGAUGGUCUGGGUGUCGCCGCCCGCGGCUGACGACAGCAGCGUCGUGGUCAGCGGCGGCCAUGAGAUGGUUGUUGUGGAACCAAGCUGCGACGGGGGGAGCACCAGCGUGCACGGUGGGAUGCAUGAGGCGGUGGCACCGCCGCCCGGGGCCCAGAUGCUUGUGGGGACCCCGGUUCUAGUCGGGGAGAGCCAAGAUGCGCGAGCCGCCGCGCUGCCCGAAUAUCGUCGGAUACUGGACGCCUUUGCCGCAUCGUCAGUCCACCUGGCAGCGCCGCUGACACACCAGGCUUUCCCCAAGACCCGAACUUUCCUGAACUUAUGGCCCAACUCAGUCUGGCAGUGUCUCGAGUUGACGUGCUUCCAUGUCCCGCCAGGCGCGCUAGAACGUCAACUCUUCGAGCAUGCCUUUGGCGCCUUUGAGCGCAUGACAGAGCCUUCGGUAUUAGCAGGAAUCCCGGUCGCGUGCACAGUCGACGCAACAGGGGGCUGGCAGCCUGAGCCAGACGAGAACUCGGGCUGCCAGGUCUUCACGGGGGUCCUGUUCUGGAACAGCCCGGCCGCGAGGGCCGAGUGGUAUGAGGAGCUGUUCAGGCUCUCAUGCGAGUCGUAUGAGUUGUUUGGCCAGAAGCUUGAUGCUCUGAAAAUCCUGGCCGCAGAGGGCGUCGUGACGCGCUUCCUGGAGCUGCAGAAACAGUGA